AUGCCGGCGUGCCAGCGGCGAGGCGAGAGAGAACCCGACCCGUCUGGCCGGCCGUGGGAGUCGAAGGCGGCGGGCAGCGGGCUCUGGGGCGGGUAUGAAGCGGUGUGGCGCGGCCACGCGUCCGGGGAGAUUAUCUGGAGGCGGGACCCUGUGAUUAACGCAUCCACUCUAGUGCAGGAUGAAGGGCGCACCGGGGAUAGGGUGCUGCCGGAGCGUACGCAGGCCACGCGAGGAGAACUCGAGUCGAAGGGGACGAAAAGGGAGGCUCCGGGCGGGGUUCGAACUUCCGCUCUUGACGCACAUAUAUGGCGGGCGAGGCGCUGUGCGUGUGGUUUCACGGCUGGCAGCCUGCCAUCGACCCGUCUGGUUGAGAGCGCGAAGAGCCUAAUACCGGCUCCGUGGCCGCGCGCAGAGAGGAUGGUCGCGGCCCCAGGGCUGCAGUCCUCUGCGAACGGAAGACGCAAUCUAACGCGGACUAAAGGUAUACUGAACGCGCCGCUUCAGGCCCCGUUGAAUCGGGAGAAGGCACGCCUGCGCCACGGAGGGCCCGCGUCGUCGCGCCGGGAGCCCGUUCUUGGAAGCAGGAGCCUGCUCUUGGGAUGUGCUUCAUCUACUACGAAAAUGUGGUUUGUUCCAGGUGCAGCCACACUUGGCUCGCUCUGUGUUCGUGUGUUCGCCACUGCUGACUGGAAUUUUCUUUCUCCGCCCGCCGUAUCUCCGGCUGCUUCGUCGGAACCCGUCCACAUCGCAUCUCGCGUCUUCAUCCCGCUCUCCCCAUCCGACACACCACUUCCCUCGCGUCGCUACGCCCCCGCCGAUACGGUUCCCCCCCUGACCCGCCUUUGCGUCCACGUCCUUCCGCUUCCCACACCCAUCUUCCUGCCGUCUCACACUCAUACGGGGUCCGCUCAUCCCCGCUCCCGGACGAUCACCCGACGUGCCGCUCUCGACCAACCUCUCCCCACCGUCCCUCGCCUCCGCCCUCCGCCCUCCCCCUCACCUACCCUCGCCUCCACACCUUCCCACCACGCCAGCUCCUCGUCGACAAGCGCUGCCGCUUCGCGCGCUGCUACUGGAACCGGCUCUACCCGCCCCCCGCCUCACUCCCGCGAACGUCGGCGCGCGUGCGCAAGCUCCUCCGGGGCACCAUCCCGCCCGCGGGCGACGGCGACGGCGUCGGCAUGGAUGCGUCGGACGCGGCGGGCGAGGACCUCAUGCUCGACGGGGACGAAUAAGGACGUCGGCCGGCAAAGAGGCGAGCGGCGGGAGGAGGGGAAGGGGGAGGAGGGGAGCCAGCGGGACGGCUCGCGGGGAGCUGGAUCGAUGCGCGAUCGGGACAACCGCGUGGCUGGGGGUCCGUGGUCGCGGCGCUGCGCAACAGGCUCCGAAGGCCGUGCUGAGGGUCGCCGGCUCAGGGUCGCGAUUUCGGGGGGAGAGCCAAGGCAUGGUGAGAUGCCACCGCUGGGAUUCGCCACCUCCCGCGCGGCCAGAGCAGUCGCUGAGAUCUCAACUCCGACCUCCAACGCAUGUUCAGGGCCGCUGAGCGUGGCGUUGACUAGACCCGUUCAGACGGAAUCCGCUGCUAUGGCAUGGGCGUGGUUUCAUAGAUGGCCCGGAUGGCGCACGCGCGAGCGGCCUUGA